AUGAACCCUUUAUCUAAUCAACAUGGUAGUGUAGCCAGUAUCGGGAGUCUGUUAGGUAAUCUACCCCUGCAUGGAGAUUCAAAUCUACAGCAAAAACCUCCAUCACUUAUUCCUGGAAGUUCAAUCAAUCUCAGCUUACAUGGAUCUGAUGAUCCUAUCAGUAUUCCUGGUAGAACGCCAUGCACACCAAUCAAUUUAUCCACUCCGUUACAGGAUCGAGAUGGUGCGAUCCCAGUACCUCAGUUACAGAAUAUUGUAUGUACAGUUUAUUUGGGAUGUAAGCUAAACUUAAAGAAUAUUGCACUUAGUGCUAGAAAUGCUGAGUACAAUCCUAAACGUUUUGCUGCUGUUAUCAUGCGUAUUCGUGAACCGCGUACAACUGCUUUAAUUUUCUCCUCUGGUAAAAUGGUAUGUACAGGAGCUAAAAGUGAAGAGCAAGCAAGAUUAGCAGCAAGAAAAUAUGCUCGUAUUAUUCAAAGACUUGGAUUUGAGGCUCAUUUCAAAGAAUUUAAAAUUCAAAACAUGGUUGGCUCGUGUGAUGUUCGCUUUCAUAUUCGUCUUGAAGGUUUAGUAUUAUCACAGGGGCAAUUUGCUACUUAUGAACCAGAAUUAUUUCCUGGCUUAAUAUAUCGGAUGACUAAGCCGAAAAUUGUCCUUCUAGUCUUUGUUUCUGGAAAAAUUGUUCUAACUGGUAAGGCAUUAACAAUGUUUUAUUUUACUUGUAGAGUACUUUUGUCUCUCACACAGACAGUCUAUAGAAAUCCAAAUAAAUCUUAUUAUUUAAUGCUGUAUAUGGUUAGUUUAUGCAUAAAUGAAUUUGACAAUAUGAACAAUUCACUUCUAUUGGAUGGAUUUAGAUUUAUUAUAUCACCGUCAUCAUCUUGA